AUGGAGGAUGAGGAGGCGCUGCUGCCGCCGGCCGAGCCCCCCCCCGAGCCCCCCCCCAGCGCCCGAUGGAGGAUCGGAGCCGCCUUCUGGUUGCUGGGGGUGUGUAACAACCUGCCGUACGUGCUGAUGCUCAGCGCCGCCCGUGACCUGCUCAGCCCCGACCCCCAACAACCGGUCCCCCCCCGGAACAGCUCUCGUUACGACUGUAACCCCAUCUCUACUGGGGCCGUGCUCUUGGCCGACGUCGUCCCCACACUGCUGCUCAAGAUGAUGGCGCCGCUCGGGCUCCACCUCCUGCCCUACAAGCCGCGGGUGGUGACAGCCGCUCUCUGCGCGUGGGGAAGCUUCGCCCUCGUCAGCUGCGCCCGCGGCCCCACGGCGAGUCUGGGGGGGGUGGCACUGGCGAGCGUGAGCUCAGGCCUCGGGGAGGUGACGCUGUUGGCGCUGGCGGCCGAGUACCCCAGGCUGGCUCUGGCUCUCUGGGCCGCGGGCACGGGGGCCGCGGGGCCGUUGGGUUCGGUGAUGUACGCGGCCAUCGGUGUGGGGCGGAGAGCGCUGCUGCCGGGACUGGCGCUGCCCAUGGCCGCCCUCGCCAGUUACCUCUUCCUGCUCGCCCCUCCCCCCUCGGCCCCCUCGGCCCCGCCCCCUCCCCCGCGCCUCACGUGGGACGAAGGAUGGCACGUGACCAAGCUGUCGCUGCCGCUGUCGUUGCCCUUCGGAGCCGUUUAUUUCUGCGAGUACUUCGUGAACCAGGGGAUGCUGGAGCUGCUCUACUUCCCCGACUCAUCGCUGACCCACAGCGCUCAGUACCGCUGGUAUCAGGUGUUCUACCAGGGCGGCGUCUGCAUCGCCCGUUCCGCGACCCACUGCGUGCGGAUCCGUAGGGUGUGGGUGCUCGCAGUGCUGCAGGCGCUGUUGGGGGCGGUGCUGAGCGCGGCCGUCUGGGGGCGGUUCCUGCCCAGCGCGGGGGUGGCCAUGGUGCUGCUGGGGGGGGAGGGGCUGCUGGGCGGGGCCACCUACGGCAGCGCCAUCACCGGCGUGGCUGAGCAGGUGGGCCCUUCGGGGCGGGCGCUGGCGCUGACGGUGACGGCGCUGCUGGGAUCUAUGGGGCUGGCGCUGGCGGGGGGGGCGGCCAUGGGCGCCCAUCGGCUCCUCUGUGGGGCAGAGCGACCCACGGCGCCCCUCUGACCCACAACUGAGCUCUGCCCCACAGCACGACGGCUCCUGCUGCCCCACGGCGAGACGGACUCUCCGGACCCACAGCUCUGCCCCAUAGCGC